AUGUCCGAACCAGCACAACCUAGGGGAGGGGAAGGCGAUAGCAACACACUCCGAAUACUUGUAGCAACGGACUGCCAUCUAGGCUACAUGGAGAAAGAUGAGAUACGUAGGUUUGAUUCCUUUCAAGCAUUUGAGGAGAUUUGCGCAUUGGCGGAUCAAAACAAGGUAGAUUUUAUUCUUCUUGGCGGUGAUCUAUUCCAUGAGAACAAGCCGUCGCGCUCAACCCUGGUAAAAACGAUUGAGAUUCUACGGCGCUACUGCCUAAAUGAUCAACCAAUAAAGUUCCAGGUUGUCAGUGAUCAGACAGUCAACUUCCCAAACAGAUUUGGUAAGGUAAAUUAUGAAGACCCCAACUUCAAUGUUGGUCUGCCUGUGUUCACCAUCCAUGGAAAUCAUGAUGACCCUGCUGGAGUGGAUAAUCUCUCUGCCAUCGAUAUCCUUUCGGCUUGCAAUCUUGUAAAUUAUUUUGGAAAGAUGGACCUUGGUGGCUCUGGCGUUGGUCAGAUAGCAGUUUAUCCUGUACUCGUAAAAAAGGGCAUGACUUCGGUUGCACUAUAUGGUCUUGGCAACAUUAGAGAUGAACGACUAAAUAGAAUGUUUCAGACGCCUCAUUCAGUACAGUGGAUGCGACCUGGAACUCAAGAUGGGGAAUCAGUGUCUGACUGGUUCAAUAUAUUGGUACUUCAUCAGAACAGGAUAAAGACAAACCCUAAAAGUGCCAUCAAUGAGCAUUUUUUACCACGUUUUCUGGAUUUUGUUGUAUGGGGCCAUGAGCAUGAAUGCCUCAUUGAUCCUCAGGAGGUCCCUGGAAUGGGUUUCCACAUCACUCAACCAGGCUCCUCAGUUGCGACGUCCCUGAUUGAUGGUGAAGCAAAACCAAAGCAUGUUCUUUUGUUAGAAAUCAAGGGAAAUCAGUACAGGCCAACCAAAAUACCUCUGAGAUCUGUCAGACCUUUUGAGUAUGCUGAGGUUGUGUUGAAAGAUGAAGCAGAUGUUGACCCAAAUGAUCAGGCCUCUGUGCUUGAACAUUUGGAUAAAAUUGUAAGAAAUCUGAUUGAGAAGAGUAGCCAACCAACUGCCAGCAGAUCGGAGCCCAAACUUCCGUUAGUUAGAAUCAAGGUAGAUUACUCUGGGUUUUCAACAAUAAACCCACAACGUUUUGGUCAGAAGUAUGUAGGAAAGGUCGCAAACCCUCAAGAUAUUCUCAUUUUCUCAAAAUCAGCAAAGAAACGCCAGACUACAGGAGACCACAUUGAUGAUUCUGAGAAACUUCGUCCUGAGGAACUAAACCAACAAACAAUCGAAGCUCUGGUUGCAGAGAGUAACUUGAAAAUGGAGAUUCUUCCGGUUGAUGAUUUGGACAUUGCAUUGCAUGAUUUUGUGAACAAGGAUGACAAGAUGGCAUUUUAUUCAUGUUUGCAGCGAAACCUUGAAGAAACCAGGAAUAAGUUGAGUUCUGAAGCAGAUAAAUCCAAAAUUGAGGAAGAAGACAUAAUAGUCAAAGUUAAUGAGUGCAUGCAGGAACGUGUUAAGGAAAGGUCCCUACGCUCCAAGGAUGGCACACGCUUCCCAUCAAGCUCUCAGAACUUGGAUACUGGAGGUAAAUCUUUUACAGCUCAAAGCAGCCUGAACUCAUCCAGUGAUGACGAAGACACCAGGGAUACGCUUCUGGGUGCAAGAUCAACUGAUGUUGGACGAAAAUCAUCUGGAUUUACUAGACCCUCCAAAGAUACUGCUGAUGUUGCUAAACGUGGUGCUUCCAAAAGAGGCAGGGGAAGAGGCACCAGCUCAAUGAAGCAGACCACUCUUAGUUUCAGCCAGUCGAGGUCAACUACUGUUAUCCGUAGUGAGGAUGUCUCCUCAGAGGAGGAAGCAGAUGCAAAUGAAGUUGUUGAAAAUUCAGAAGAGGAGAGUGCGCAACAAGUUGGGCGUAAAAGAACAGCUCCUAGAGGUAGAGGCAGAGGCAGAGGUUCCACUGCGAAGAGGGGACGAAAAACAGAUAUUGCUUCCAUCCAAAGUAUGAUGAGCAAAGAUGAUGAUGAUUCAGAAGAUGAGCCGCCAAAGAAAGCUCCUCCUCGGGUCACAAGGAACUAUGGCGCUGUCAGGAAGAGAUGA